AUGAGAAACACGGGACUCAUAGUUUUGCCCAUUUUCUACCAUGUGGAUCCUUCCCACGUACGAAACCAGACGGAGACUUUUGCAGAAGCUUUUGCUAACUAUGAAAAAGAUCUCAAAGUUGACAUUGAUACGAUACAAAAGUGGAGAGCUGCUUUGAGAGAAGUGGGCAAUAUCUCCAGAUGGCAUGUACAUGACAGGUACGAAUCAAUAGUUGUCGAAGAUAUUAGUAGAAGGAUACUUAGCGGAUUGAGUCGUAACUUCUCCAAUGUUUCCAAGGAUUUUGUUGGAAUAGAAUCCCGUGUGGAGGAAAUAAAAACCUUACUUAGUAUAAGAUUGGAUGAUGUUCGCUUUUUAGGAAUUUAUGGGAUGGGUGGAAUUGGGAAGACAACUCUGUCAAAAGCCAUCUAUGAAAGAGUUUCUCAUCAAAUUGAAGCUAGUUGCUUUAUUGCUGGUAUUAGAGAAGAAAGCAGAACUAGUGAUGCUCUAGUUUAUCUACAAAAACAACUUAUUUCUAAGAUCCUUAUGGAAAGAAAAAUAAAAAUAUGGAAUAGCUAUGACGCAAUCAGAGUGAUAGCGAACAGAGUACGUAAGAAAAAGGUUUUUAUUGUUCUUGACGAUGUGGAUGGAGAAGACCAACUAGAAGCAAUAGCAAAAAGCCAUGAUUGGUUUGGUCAAGGGAGUAGAAUCAUUAUAACAAGCAGAGAUCGUCAUUUGUUGAACAGAUUUGUGGAUAAUACCUAUGAGGUUAAGGUGUUGAAUGAUGCUGAAGCUUUACAACUCUUUAGUUGGAAAGCCUUCAAGAAACCCUAUCCUGAAGAAAAUUACGUGCAAUUGUCUAAGGAUGUUGUGAAUUAUGCUGAAGGUCUUCCUUUAGCUCUUGAAGUUUUUGGUUCCUUCUUAUUUGGUAGAAGAAUGGAUUUUUGGAUAAGUGCCAGGGAUCUAUUAAAAGAAAAUCCUAACUCAGAAAUCUUGGAUAAACUUAAAAUAAGUUUUGAUGGAUUGGACGAUUUGCAGCAAAAAUUGUUUUUAGAUAUUGCAUGUUUCUUCAAUGGAGCAAAUAUAGAUAACAUCACACACAAACUAGAAAGUUUUGGUUACUAUCCGAACAUCAAUAUCGAAGUUCUUGCGGACAAAUCUCUUAUAAACAUCUCAUGGGGAAGAUUAUGGAUGCGUGAUUUGUUACGAAAAAUGGGUCAAAAAAUAGUUCAUGAUGAGUCUGAGGAACCUGGAAGACGCAGUAGACUGUGCCAUGAUAAGGAUGUCAUUCGUGUAUUGAAAAAUGAUACUGGAACUGAUGCUGUUAAAGGCAUCAUCUUAAAAUUACCUUUACGGAAACAGGAGCGACUAAAUGUUGAAGCCUUCUCAAAGAUGCAAAAGUUGAAAAUAUUAAUGCUUGAGAUUAGCAACGACGUUGAUAUUGUAACAUGGCAUUCUAAAGCUUGUGAUAAUUUACGCACUGUGGAAUGGCAUGGAGAUCUUUCGAAUUUCAUCCUAAGCAAUGAGUUAUGUGUUAUGGAAUGGUGGGGGUAUCCUUUUGAAUCUUUGCCAACCAGUUUCCAAUCAGACAAUCUUGUUGAGCUCAUAAUGCCUUACAGCUGCAUCAAACAACCAUUUGAUAGAAGGAAGGUAAUAUUUUGGCAUAUGCAAAUGUAUUUUCUUCUCGUUCUUGUUCUUAUUCUUCUUCCUUUUACUCUUCUUCAUUUUAUCUAUUUUAUCUAACUAGUAUUGGUGACUAUAACAGAGUUUUUACAAAAAUGAAAUUCAUUGACCUGAGUCACUCUCAAAUUUUGAUUGAGACACCUGACUUGAGCGGAGUCCCAAAUCUUGAGAAACUAAAGCUUGUACGUUGUACAAGAUUGUCUAAGGUCCACCUGUCCAUUGGAUUUCUAAGACAACUUAGACGGUUGAAUCUACAAGGUUGCAAAUGUCUUAAGGGACUUCCAGAAGAGAUCAACUUGGAAUCUCUUGAAUUUCUUAAUCUUUUUGGUUGUUCAAGACUCAACAAGUUUCCAAAUAGUGUGAGUAAUAUGACAUCUUUGCAUGAACUUUAUUUGGGUGGGACUGCCAUAAAAAAGUUACUAUUAUCAUUUAAGAGUUUGUCGUCCCUUGUAUGUCUUAAUAUAUCUGAUUGCUCAAGACUAGAGAAAAUCCCAAAGAACAUGAUUAGUGGUAUGAAAUGUCUAGAGUACUUUCGUGCAGCUCGAAGUGGAUCAGAUCUCAUUAGUCUUUUGAUGCCUAAUUCCUUCUCAGGUUUAAGCUCUUUAAGAGAACUAGAUUUGAGUUAUUGCAAUCUAUCAGAUGGAGCAAUUCCUAGUGAUUUUAGUUGCUUAUCCUCACUUUAUUCUUUAGACCUAAGCGGGAACAAAUUUACGAGGAUACCAGAUAGCGCCUGGCAACUUUCCAGUCUUAUGACCCUAGAUUUGAGUUAUUGCAACCUAUUGGAUGGAGCGAUUCCAAAUGAUCUUAGUUGCUUAUCCUCACUUUAUUCUUUAAAACUUAGCGGGAAUAAAUUUACAAGAAUAUCAGAUAGUGUGGGUCAACUUUCUCAUCUUUAUUUUCUUAAGUUGGAAGAUUGUAUUUGGCUUCAAGUAUUGCCGAAGCUUCCAUUGGGAUUAGCAGGCUUGUUUCUAAGAAAUUGCCCAUCGCUGAAGUUGUUCUAUAACCAAAAGGACCUGUGGACUUCAAAUGAUUGCUCUUUUGUGGUCGCUUAUAUUGAUUAUGAUGGCAAACCCUGCAAGAUCCUACAUCUGCAUCCACGAAGUCCUUUAUGGACCGAGAGCGAUAUUAUUGUGAGUCUCUUUUGUAAAAUACAAAAUAUAAGUUAUAUUGUUUCAUAACAACUUAACAUCUUUCUCUUUUUGGUCUUUAUUUUACAGACUCAACGUUUUUAUACUGAGGUAGCAUGUGGCCCUACUACACUAGUGGGAUCAGGUAUCCCAGAGUGGUUCAAUGAUAAAAGUACUAAUUCGUUUGGAACAAUUCAAAUGCAUACAGAUUUGGGCUCAAAUGAGUGGAAGGGGUA